GAAAUUUAGAAACGUCUCGUGCUCUUGGCGACUUUGAAUUUAAGCAAAAUCCAAAAUUAUUCCCACAAGAACAACUUGUAACAGGUAAAACUUGUGAAGAUUUGGUGGAUUACUGUUUAGCUAGAGAUAGUGUUGGUAUUGGUAGUUAUAAUAAUAUGACUGUAAUUGUUGCCGGAUUUCUCCAUAAAAGGACUGAAACGGAAUGGUAUGAAUGGAUAGCAAAAAGAUAUGAAGAAAAAGGCUCUGAAUUUAAAUGGUAG